AUGUCCUCGCCCUUCGCAGGUCGAUUAGGCGGCAAUCAAGAAUUCACCGUCGACAGAAGCGACCCCCAGAACGAGGAGUUGCUGAGGAAAGUGCCAGAUGCGGCGCCGAACCUGACGCUCCAAGAGGCAUUUGAUCUGAAUGGCUUUCGCGAGGUUGGGCUCUGGAAGGCCAGCCUGAUCGAGUUCAUUGGUACUCUCCUUUUCGUGUACGCUUCCGCCUGGGACAGUCUGUCCCCCAACACCCCGCCGCCUCUGCCCUCCGAAACCCUCGGCCCCUUUAACCGCGUAUCUUUUAUCGGGCCCUUAGUCGCCAACGUCAUCAACGCCAUCGUGCUCGCGCUCUUGAUCUUCUCCUUCGGCGCUGUCUCCGGCGCGCAUUUCAGCCCGCUCAUCACCCUGGGGACCUUCUUUGCCAAGUUGACCACGUUUCCCCGGUUAGUCCUGUACCUGGGCGCGCAGAUCAGUGGCGGUACGUUGGCGGGCCUGUUGUUGAGGGCCAGUGCCAAUACGCGAGAUUUCAAGUGCGGCGGCUGUUAUCUGUUCACCGAGCAGGGCACGCCUGUGAGUAGUGCGUUUACCAUCGAAGUCGUCGGCGACCUGCUGCUCCUUGUAUUGGCAUUUGGAGUUGGCCUGGACCCUCGGCAGCGCGAGAUCUUUGGACCUGCGCUUGGUCCUAUCUUCGUCGGUCUAGCCGCCGGGUCGAUCGCCCUCUUGACCGCGUAUUCUCUGCCUGGAUAUGGUGGGGCCGGGUUGAAUGCCGCGCGGUGUUUUGGUAUCUUUGUGGGUAGCCGCUUUCCGGGCUGGCACUGGGUCCACUGGGUUGCGCCGUUUGUGGCGAGUAUUUUCCACGGCUUGGUUUAUUUCCUGGUGCCUCCUGGGGAGCCGAUGGGUGGAGAUGAGCAUACCGAUGCGAACGCGGGGCAGAAGCUGGAAUCGGGUGGUAAGGCGAAUGGGAGGGAGCCAGUGUAA